CAUUGAACUGUGAAAUAAGUAAAGACCCAAAAUAAGUGAUUAUUCAGUUUCUUUCAAAGAUUUAUAUAGUGGUGUUCUAAAUGUCCAGGUAUAAAUUAGUGUCAUCCGACCUUAGAUACCGCAUUUUAUUUCAAAAUCGUGGAAAUCACAAUUGGCAUGAUUAUGGCAGAAGAUUUUCCAAGGCUCAACACAGAGGUAGAUACAAGUCUUAAGGACCUUGACUUUGAUCAGAUAAGACAAGAAAGAUUUGAUAGAAACAGACACUUUUUGGAGAGUGUGAAUCCUACAGCUGCUGCAAAAGUGUUUCCUGGUCAUGAGCAUGAAGGGAGACAACUCAGUAAAGCAUCACAAGCAGCUAUUACUAUACAAAGAUUUUGGAGAGGUUUUAAAGGGAGAGAAGCAUAUGUCUCUGCAUUGUGGGAAAAGUUUGAACAGGAGGAAGAAAAGCAGCAUGAGAAAAUGUUAUACCAGAUGGAAGAAGGGGAAUUACUGGUGGAAAAUCGUCAGUUGGAGGUGUUAUUGGAUGAUGGUAAAACAACACGCAGAAAUGCAGAAAGGCGUUAUUUAUCAAAAGUGAUUACAAUUCAGAGGGCCUGGAGAUCUUAUUUAGAAAAACCAGCUUCUGAAAGAUCUAGAAGAGAACCACGUUACCAUGGUGAUCAUCAAGAUGAUUUAAGGUCAGACAGGGUCAAAGUAAAUAGGUCAAAUCCAUUUGGUAAUUCUGCUGGUGAGGACGAAGAACAAGGCAUAGAAACAGAAAGCAGUGGAUCUUUUAUGUUUAAUCCUUUGACAGAAAAUGAAAAUUCAUCUAUAAAUAGUACAAAUAAGUCACCAUUGAUCAACAAUUUCUUUAAAUCUAGUACCUCAAAAAAUAAUGAAGAAAGUUUGAAUAUCCAUGAACUGUCACCAAAACAACAAAGAAAGCACAGUUUAUUAUCAAAGGCACAUGAAUUUGCUGAACUGAAAAAGUUGGACUCCAAAGUCCUUCCAUUUGACCUUCACCUUCACCUUGCUGAAGGUGAAAGUUCAGAACCUCUACCUGAAGCCACAAAGGGAAGUAAUAUGUCUACAAAUAUGCCUCCAUCAGUUAAUAGUGAUCAAAAUGGAGUAACAUCCCCUGCUGACUCUGGUAAAAAGGAAUUAAAAGAAUCCAUGAAGGAUUAUAGUGAAACAAAUGUGAAGGGAGAUAAUUGUGUUGAGAUUGUUAACAAAACUGAAAAGGGGAGCCACCCUGUUCAAAAUACAAAAUCAGGUGCAGAUAACUCAUCAAAUUGUGAUAAAUAUGGUAAUUCUAAUUCUCAAAGCAUCUGUGAUAAUAAAGGAGUGAAUUUCAGUGAAAACAAUUCUAGCUGUGAUACUAAGGGAGAUAAUUCUUGUCAUACUAUAGAAAUACAAAAAAGUGAUGUUAAGGGAAGUAACUCAGGGAAGAAAGAUGCUGUUGAAACAGAAAGUGCAUUUGAUGUGUAUAAUAUAGAAACAACAUUACCAGAUAUGGACUGGUCGUCACUGGAGCAGAAGUUGAAAGCAGCAAGUGAGGAAGCUAGACUAAUACAAGAGGCAAGACGCAAUGACAGGGAAGAAAUUAGGAAAAAGCUUGCAAUGGGUGGAGAAGAUGGCCUUGACGAUGAUGACGAUGAUGAUGAUGAAAUAACAUAUAAAAAGCCAAACAUUCAGUCAAGAUUACAAAGUGGACUACAGAUAUGUUUUAUGAAUGAGUCACCAGGUGACACUGACAACGAAGGGCUGUCUCCAAGGCAACAUGAAAUCCAUGACAAUGUGAAACUCAUGAAGAAAGUCAGUAACCUUGUUGAUUCGGAUAAUAAUUUGAGUACUGUAACUGAUUUAAAUAACCCUACCCAACCAACAACGUCUAUACAGAGGUCAAGUCCACCAAGAUUAAAACCUGGUGAUAAAAAAGAAAAGAGUGAAGACUUUCAUUCCAGACAAGAGCAACUACAAAAUGAGGCUAAAAUGGCUCUUGCACAGGCUGGAUCUAUGGCACAUAUGCAAUUGGAAAUUGAGAAGCAGUUAAAGAAGAAAUCUCCAAUGGCUGAAAUGGUUGGAAUUCCAGGCCUUGGUGAGAAACAUAGGAAGAAACUUAGUUUAAGACAACUACAACAGAUGAAUUUGGCUUCCAUUCAAGUCUUGUAUAACGAUUUACAAACACAAAUUGAAAGUUUAAAUGAGGAACUCGUACAUCUGCUUAUGGAGAGAGACGAGUUACACAUGGCCCAGGAUUCAAUGCUGGUUGAUAUAGAAGAUUUAACAAGGAGAGCGGAAGAGUUAGCAGAGCGUGCCAAUCGAACUGGAGGGAAUAAAGGAAACAAGACAACUAGUGUUAAAGGAAAGCUCCCAGCAAGAUAGCAUAUUAUAUAACUAUUAAAUAUCAAAAAAACUAACAUAGGCUGUGUUAUAUAGAACAACACAAGACUGGACGGAAGUUGUCACAUGCAAAACCCAUGCAAAAGCAUUAUGACAGUUACGAUGAGUAGACUCGCAAAUUAUUCUAAUAGAACAUAUAGAAAUGUCAUUAGGAAGUAACAUAAAUGUAAGGACUAUGUUGUGUUGUACAAGAAAGUGAUUUAAAAUUUAAAAAGCAUAAAACAAUACAUACACUAUGAAAUUUACAAUGUACAUGUUGAAGUGAUCAUAUGUAUGGAUAUACAUGUUUAGCUGAAUAAUUAUAAUCUGGCAACUUACAAAAUGAUUACGGAAAGAAAAGAUUGUUUUAUGUUUAGUGGUUUUAAACCAGUUGAUAACUAGGUGUUGAGACAUUCCGUAAUUAAUGGAAUAAAGAUCUGUGUCAUGUGUCCUUUUUCUCUAACAAUAUAUAUGUCGUGUAAUGCCAUUUAGUUGACUUCUUGUCUGUUAAUUAGUGUUAACAUGUAUUCUUAAGAAACAAGUAAUACUUUUCUAUUGAUAAGGGUUUUUCCAUCUUGUAAAGGACUUUAAUUUGGAUUUUUCAUGGCUUUUAGUUUUAAUCUGAAUAUGGCAAUUUUUUAAAAGAAAAAGCUAACAAGCUAUAUUAAGUAACCGUCACCUGGUAUCCGUCAACAAAGUGUUAUCUGAAUUUCCUCACAUAAAUCUGGCUUGAGACUUAAUGAAGUGAAUAACUUAUACUAAUUUGUGAUUGCAUAAUGUGUGGGUCUCACAACACACAUUUAAUUAACAAUGAGCAGGAAGCAAUUUCACUUUGUGGCUUACAUUUAAUAUAUUAACUAAUAUUUACCAAAAUAAUUAAACUAAUUGUGUUUUUGUUAUCACUUUGAGGCAUAUUCAUUUAAACUUAUCAUGUCAUAUUAUACAAGAGAUAGUUCUAACAACAAGUAUAUAAGGUUUUUUCGACCAAAUUGUUAAAACAGAAUAAGCAUCAAUUAUUUAUAUUCCCUUUGAAUUUCAAUAAAUGUAGUAUAUGAAGAAAGUUUUUAUUAAUUAAUGUGUAUUUCAUUGAUUCAUAUAUGAUAUACCUGUAUAAGUGUUCAUGCAAAUUUGAUAAUGAAAAAACCUUGAAUAUUAAUUUACUUGUUUAUUAUUGUUACCGUAUUGUUGGGAGUCAAAAAAGCAGUUAUAAAUUUGAUAAUAUCAUUUUGUUGUUUCAUUUGUAGCGCUAUUUACAAUUUAUGACUUGAAUCAAUAGAUGAAAAUAAUCAGAUACAUUAAGAAUGAGAGUUUUGGUGUUUGUAAAUAAAAAUGUAAACAAUGUUUCAUAAUUUUGCUUAGUAUAUGUAUUGUAAUGUACCUUUUGUUAACUGGCACAUAUUUUUAACUUGUUUUCAUGCUAAUUCAACAUAAAUCAUUAAAAAUGAGAUAAAUAAAAAUAUAAAUGCUCAAA